AUCAUGUUAUCUUCAGAUUCUCUAGUAGUGAUGAUGACUGGAGGAAGAAGUAUUUUUACGUUAAAGUUGAUCCUUCGACGGUUCCUGUGGGUCGGAACCUUAGGGUCACUUGGACUAAUCCAUCUGGUUAGGAAUUCUAGGGAUAUGCUUUUUUCGUUUUAUUCAUUUAUGGCCGAGUAACCUUUUGCUCUGAUUUACUUGCAGAAAUCGAAGAUCCCCCGAAGCUCUCUACCAAGCUCACCAGGGCUCUAUACCGCAAGUUGCAACAGAGUCCCUGUACCUGGGUGGCCUACACCACUUCUCGAAUAAGUGCAGCCAGAUUCCCAGAUACCUACAACGCCUCUUUCCAAGAUCCCAUUCCUGCUGAGAACCUUGAGAUUUCGGCAGGCGAUUCGGUUGUAUCGAUCUCAACUGGUGCUAGUGCUUCGGGAACUGAAAAGUCUCAGCCAGGUGACAUGACUCUGCGACCGUCAUUCCGUUCUAGGGGUAACCCCUCUAAAGCUGCCAGUGCUUCUCGUGGAAGCGACAGGAACCAAGGAGGAUCGUUCCUUAUCUCAAUGAAGGAAGUUUUGGACGACGGAGGAUCCAAACCUGUUGUCGAGACUACUCCAACUGAGGUUGUAGCUCAGGAUGCUGCUCCUCUCCCUGAGGUCCAGGUGCCGGAGGCUGACUACCAGGCUCCGAAGGGUACCUCUGAGAUCGAGCCGUCGAGACACAAGAGGCCCAGGAUCGAUCAGGGCGGAGCUUCCAUCCGUUCUUCUUCCUCGUCCUCUAGAGGAGGGACUGUUGGGUGGAGCUUUACCCAUUCGAAGCCUGGGUCGAUCCUGGAUGACUCUUGGGGCCUAGCUGCGAUAAUGAGGCACCUGAAGAGCGUGGGAUGUCCCCUUCCAGCGCUCAAGGACCUGACUAACCGAGAUGAGUAUCUCGAUAUUGCCCACUGUAUGGGUCAGUUGGCUGGGGCUGUUAACAGGGCCCAGCUCAGGUUUGAGAAUGCUCUGUGUGCUGCCCCCAAUGCUGGUGAACUUGCUGAGGUUACCGAGAUGGUUAAGGCAGCCAAAACCGAUCUUGACCAAGCCCGGGUUCGAAUUUCUGAACUCGAAGCCGAAGUGACGAGGCUAGGCUCGAAGGCCGAUGCUCAGCAAGGAGAGAUCGAGAGUCAAAAGCUCGAUAUCCAGGUGAAGAGCAGGAGGAUCAAUGAUUUAGAGGCUGCUCGAAAGAUAGCUGAGCAUCAAGUACGUGAGCUCAUUGCCUCAUCCCGGGAUAGCCAGAAGAACAAGGAAGCUGAAGUCAAGCUGGCUGUCAGGGAAGGGAAGAAAGAAGUCGCCGAAGCUUACGGCAAGAUCCUGGUCUGUGUUAAGGAGAAGUUUGCUAGGAAGAAAGAUGAGGUCGACGCUUUGGUGUACGCUCAGGAGCUCCAAGCUAAUGCCGACCUCUUGAAGGAUAUGCUGAACAACAAGAUCCAAAGCGUUGAAGAGGAGUACAACCAAUUGGUGGCCUUAUUACCAGAAGCGACAACUGCGUAUGAGAAGGCUCAAGUCUCUGACUUCUCGGUCAGCAAGCUUCCUCUUCCCCAGAUCUCGGAGAGUUCAGGUACUUUCGAGAUUAACAUGUUUAAUCCAUCCUUUUCUGGGGAGUAUGGCUCUAAUUUGGGUUUGAUGGCUCCUGACUUAGCUCCAGUCGAGGCAGCAAUAGGAGGUGACGGCAAUGUGGUCGAUGAGGGAGUUCCUGCCGGUGCUGGUGAUCCGAUUCAGGAAGAGAAGGAAGAUUGAGAGCUACGGCUCUUUUAACUUUAUGUUUUGUGUUUUUAAGACUUCGGCCUAAGGGCUUUGUUUCGUUAUGUUUUGUGACUUAGUGCCUGAGGAGGCCUUUAAACCUUAACGCUUGCUGGAUUUCAAUAGCCUGGGGAGGUUUUUAAACCCUUUCUUAUGUUUAAAUCGUGGCUAUUAUUUCUGUUUUAAGUUUUUGAACUUAACCUCGUUUCAUUUAAUCAUAGUGAUUGCGAAUCUCA